GGGAUUAAGGUGGUGAGGUGGGGAGUAGUACUUUUUCCUUGAGCUCAAAGCUACUGAGGUACCUGGGGAGGAUCAGAAUAUAUCAUUCUCUAACUUGGUCUUUCUCUAGUUUUCAAUUCAUAGAAACAUAGGCCCCCGUUGUAUGCAGUUUUCUAUUCCUCUUUCAAACAAAUUUUGAAAAGAAAUAUUUCUUCUGUGUCAACAGGAUACAUGCUAAGUGCAGUACUCUGAUAGUGACUGCAAAAGAAGUGAAAUGGAAAUUAUAGUUUACAAUGUGAAAUGGAUGGGCGCGAGGCUUUUAUCUUAAUGUACUUGAUCCUCUAGAGAUGAGUAGCUAUAAGUUGGCUCAGGCUUAGUUACUGCAGUGGAGUCUGCAUGCCUACAUGCCUGGAAUCUCACCAUCUUCACUACAGCCUCACCUACAGGCCCAUUCUCCUGUUUCACCUACCCCAGGCUCCUCCAGGACAGAACAGAUCAUGAAGUGAGGGGGCACAGAGGAUAGUGGAGACGUUUUUGCUGCAUUGUGCAUGAAACGGUACAAAAUAUACCACCUUGAUUUCUCAUCUUCUCAAAGAGUUCUGUACUCCCUGGGAGCUUAAUGAGGACUGUGAGCCCAGAGAAGACAUGACUUCUUCAAAGUUAUACAGGUAACAAAUAUCAAAUCCUAGAUUUUACUAAUACAAAAUUCAGUAUUCUUUCCAUCACAAUACACAACCAAAAUAUUUUUAUGUACUACUAAAGAUAAGCCCAUAAAAAGUCUAUUUAUUGACCAAAAUCUCGGCAUCGACCAGUUUUACAUUAUCAGACUCGCUCCUUUGAGAAUUCCUGGCUCUCUAAUGGGAACCUUAUAUGUUUUGGUUUCCAAUUCAGUAUUACACUGAAAGUACUUUCAUUCAUUUAUACUUUGUGUCCAAUCAAUGUAUAAUUUUUUUUUUUUUAUCUACAAACCUUCUAGCUUCUCUUUUAAAUUCUAAGCUCAUGAAUGGCAAAGAUGCUGAUGAUUUCCUAUUUGGUGCAGCCCAUGUAAAGUAAAGUACACUUUGGAACCCUAAAUAAGUGUCUUAACAUGUAGUGCUACUUCUUUCACAUCCUUUUUUAUAAUAAUAUCUUUGCACAGUGGGGCAGCCCCAUGUCUCUGUCAUAUGUGACAUAUAUUCCCUGUGGACAUUUACUAAGUAAUAGUCAUUAUGAUAAGACUUAUUAUGACAGCACCAUUUCCUCUGUUUCCUUUUAUUAAGCCCACCCGUAUUCUACCAUCUAGCUGAAGAAGCCUAUUGCAUGGAAAACAUUUUACUUUUAUUUUGUCAUUAAAGGACUGUUUUCAGUUAAUCAUGCAACACAACAUAGUUAUGGAAUCUGGAAAUGGGAGAGCAAUCUCUUGUGCCAACUCCGAAAAAGUAUUUUAAAUAAAAGUAAAGUAGUCCUUAACAAGUCUUCAAUAAACUAUCAUAGGUUAUAGCCAUUAAAAUCAGUUCUUUUAUAUGUGGUAUGAAUCCUAAUUAUUGCAAUGGAAUCUCAUGACAUGUUUAUGUCUCCUGUGGAAAGACUAUUUAACCUUGUCGUGAGUGGUAUGGGAAAUAGAGAAAGAAUCUGUUAAGGUAUGUUAGUAACUACCUAUAUUCUAUUGAAAAAAAUAUAUAUUUUUGCUUCUUCUGAAAUUUUAAUAGAAAGAAUUAGCAAGAAAUAAAAGGAAGUGAAUAAUAUCAGAAUUCAUUAAACUCAAUCUUGGGAAUGAUUUUCCUUGAAGAGUCAAAACAAAAACAAACAUUCCUAGGCAAGCCAAAAGACAGUAACAAGGUUUUAUUUGCCACUACCCAUCAUAAGUGACAAUAACGUGGGUGAUGGGGAAAAAAAAAAGAACAACUUUUAAACUUGGCUCCCAGAGAGAUGCCCCUGAAUUCAAAUACCAUAAUCUGGUCCCUGGCUAUAUCCAUACUCUUUAUAGCACUUCUUUACCAAAGAAGAAUUUAGAUUAUACUAAUUCUGAACUGAAAGUCCUGAGCUGGAAAUUUCUUUGUUACUAAGGUAAUUUCUUUGACAAAUAACCUUCUUGAUUUUAUACCAGGGGACAGCACAUUUGAAGAUGGAGGACCAAAAGAAAUACCCAAGUCGGAAAGCUGCACACCAUUCAGGCAGAAUCUGGUUGGAGAGGAAAGCUGGUCUCAUGAUCAGAGAGCUUCCCCAGCUAGCCUGUAGUCCAGGACUGCAAGAAUUCAGGCAUGAGGACACUGUGCAGCAGGCUCACACAGGCAGACCCAAGAUGGACAGAACCUUGGAAUCCCUGAGACACAUCAUUGCCCAAGUCUUGCCUCACAGAGACCCGGCUCUAGUCUUCAAAGACUUGAAUGUUGUGUCAAUGUUACAGGAAUUUUGGGAAAGCAAGCAGCAGCAGAGGGCUGCAUUCCCAAGUGAAGGCGUGGUGGUCUAUGAGUCACUGCCAUCUCCAGGACCUCCCUUUGUGAGUUAUGUGACCCUCCCAGGGGGAAGCUGUUUUGGCAACUUUCAGUGCUGCCUAAGUAGAGCUGAGGCCAGACGGGAUGCAGCUAAAGUGGCCCUAAUCAACUCCCUCUUCAAUGAGCUGCCCUCUCGAAGGAUCACUAAGGAAUUCAUUAUGGAGAGUGUGCAGGAAGCAGUUGCCUCCACCAGUGGCACUUUGGAUGAUGCAGACGACCCCAGCACCAGCAUUGGAGCCUACCACUACAUGUUAGAGUCAAACAUGGGGAAGACCAUGCUGGAAUUUCAGGAGCUGAUGACCAUUUUCCAACUGCUGCACUGGAAUGGAAGCCUAAAAGCCCUUCGUGAAACCAAGUGUUCCCGACAGGAAGUCAUCUCCUACUAUUCCCAGUAUUCCCUAGAUGAAAAGAUGCGCAGCCACAUGGCCCUGGACUGGAUCAUGAAAGAGAAGGGAUCUCCAGGAAUUCUCUCUCAAGAGCUACGGAUGGCCCUGAGGGAGUUGGAGGAAGCCAGGAAAGCAGGACAAGAACUGCGGUUUUACAAAGAAAAGAAAGAAAUCCUGAGUUUAGCCCUGACUCAGAUCUACAGCGAUCCUGACACCUCCUCACCCAGUGAUGAUCAGCUGAGCCUAACGGCUCUUUGUGGCUACCACUAGCAAGGCCAGGUUCCAGCUGGCCUGAGGUUGGCAGAGGCUGGACUCUAACAUUAGGAAGCUGAGUGAAGGAAGUUGUUGGAGGCUUUACCACCUACAGCUACCACCUGAAGGCUGUACUAAUUCUUCCCACCCAUUCCAUUCAUAGACUCUCAGAGUAAUAGGAUCCUUACAGGUCCCAACAAUUUUCCCAUCACACUUUCAAGAGUUCCUCCUCUUACUGAAAGGAUGGAGACAGAAUUGUUUGAAAAACAUUUCCCAGGUUUGGCUCUAACCUAAAGCCCUGUUGACAUGUGCCUUCCUAGAUUAUGUAUGUUGUUUUAAACAAUGGGCCAGUGUAGCAUCUCCCAAAAGAACACCAGCUGGGACUGGGGAAAGUAGCAUGAGAGCAAUUUUUAAAAAUAGUUGGGAUUAAAUAAACAACAUAGAAAAUACACAUGGGUCAGAAUUUCUUCCUAAGCUUUAUAACUAAGAGACACUUCUACUCUACUAGGUAAAAUCAAAAUUCCAGUGGCAAUUUUAUCUGGACAUCCCACUAUCAAAGAUCUAAAGUGGUAAUAGUGAAAAUACGUGAUAAAUUUAACUUGGCUUAAAAUGCCAGUUAUAAUAAUUUUUUAAAAAUCCACACUCUUCGGUAUGGGGAUAAAUUUCACCUAGAAUAGUACUCCUAUUCCUCAAGAAGAAUUAGUAUCUAAUUUUAAUGAGUCCUGCAAACAUUGAUGUUCAUUUUUAACUUGCAAAUAGAUAACUCAGAUUGAUUUGUUUUUAUUUUUGCCACCACAGUCAUCUAUGUAUCAUGGAGACAGUCACUGGAUUUUGAAAAAUCAUUAGCUUUUAACAGUGCUUGCAUUUGAUUAGUUUCUCAUGCAUUAGAGAGAAGGAGUAUUUAACUGUCUUUAUUGUUGUUCAAGAACAUAAGCCAGGAGUAGUUCAAAUGUAGUGUCAUUUCCAAGUUUUAAUUAGACAUUGUCAUCUCUCUUUGAAAAUGGCUUGGGUCAAUUAACUGAUUAGAAAACCAAAAGCAAAUACAGACCAAUUUUUAGAUGGUUUCUGGUCACUCAAAUUUAAGAAUGGCAGCAGUGUGAAUUUUAGACAUUUGUAGGAAUUUCCAACUUUAUAACAUAAAAAAGAUUAUCUUGCAUUUAGUCCAAUAAUUCAAAAUAAAGGAUACAGUUUUUUCAAUGUUAAAUAAGAUUUCUUUUUCUUCAUGUUUAAGUGAAUGCAAACUAACGUUCCUGAAGGCUAAAACCAUUGUAUUUACAUUAAAGUUUACAAAAGCAUGAUAGCUUAACUUCAUAUAUAAAUAUGUGCAGAUGUAAUUAUCACUCCUUAAGUCCCCAUGAAAACUAUAUAUAUGGAUCAUGUAUUUUGGAAUUAGCCUUUAAAAUAAAAAAAUUAAUUUCAGAUAUCAUAUUUCUCACACCAGGGGAAAAUUUAGCUUCUUACCUACUGCCUUACUCUGUCGUGAAAGGUAAUACUAUAAAUAUCAGAUAAAUUUAAUUUAAAAAUACUGUGUUAACAAAUAUCACAUUUCUCCCCAAAAUGAGGCUAAAUGUCACCUAGAAUAAAACUAAAACUAUAUUCCCUUAUAAUCCUAAAAAGGAAUUCGAAUUAAUAUUUGCAAGUUGAAUAAAUUUUAACAUUAAGGAAACUUUCUGUUAAAAGCAAUUUUUUCAUAAAGUCAUUACUCUAUCAUUUCAUAAAAGCAUAAUUUCCCAUGUUAGGUGUGAUUAUAGGCAGGUCCAUCUUUGCUGCAUUUGCAGCUUUUGACCAUGACCACCUAAAGCUGACACCAUCUAAUUAGAUCCAGGAAGGGGAAUCAGCAAGGAAAAUGUUAAAAUUUAUUCUUUGCUCUAUAAUUAGAAAACUGUACCUAUUACGUGAACUAAAAGCAUUGCCCUUGGCCAAUGGCAGUUUCCCAGCUGGUCAGAACUGCCCACUCUUCCUGGAAUGGUAUGGAACCUAUAGCAAAAGAAACAAAAUUCAGAAUCUCUGCCAUUGCUGGAGCCUUUUAAUGCUCAUUUAUAGCAAAUCAAUUUUAGCUAAGACAUAAGGGCUGCCAGUACAUCACUUAAACAUUUAUAAUUCCAGACCUAAGAAGAGCCAUGUUGAAAAGCAAAGUAGAUUCUUCUUCUUCUUCUUCUGUAUCUUGUUCUCAGUGAUACACUGUGUUGAAGGGGAUUAAAGUGGAAGAUUCUCUAUUUUAAAUAUAUGGAGUUCUGGGUCCUAAACUUUUGUGGUUAUAAUGCCUUUGAGAAUCUGAUGAAAGCUAUGGACCUUCUCCUAGGAAAAUAGAGUGAAGCAUAUACCUUCAAAUUUAUGCAAACAGUUUCAGAGAGUUUGUGAACCUCCCCAACGUCCAUGGAUUGCUCUGUCUAAGGACCUCCAAUUUAGAAUCUUGAGUACAGACUUACAGUCUCAAACUUUUCAGCAUGGAUCCAAACUAGCUCAGACCAGCCCUGUGUAGCCUAUUUCUAAGAUAAAUGUUAUCAUCCUUAAAUACAGAAUUGUACUGCAUUUUGACAAGAAUGGUUUAAUCUUCACAAAGUCCAAAUAUACCAAAUUGCUAUGAAAAAACGGCUUAAAACAAACUAGUCACUAAGUGUGUGAACCUAUUAGAAUAUUGUCAAUCUAAUAAAGACAUUAUUCCUCUAA